UUGAGCACGGAGGGACAUUUCCACAAGACUUAGGCUGGCACUCGCUCCCGUCUCCGCCCCCUGCAUGGGGAGGGGCCGGCGGCCCGGGCAAUGGGCAAUGCCAGCGAGUCACCUUUAGGGAAGUGCCUUUUUCCUCCUCAAAACAGACGUAAACAGUAUGUCCACCUGGGAUUCAACCCUGGCUGCACAUCACGGGGCCUUUAAAAGUGAUGUUGGUGGCCAGGGUCUGCUGUUGACCGCUGAAACGAAAAUCUCUGGGAAGUAGAGUCAUCGAUGCAUGUUUGAAAAAAUGCAGGCCUCCUUGAGCCUCAGACCUGGACAGAAGCUUCUCCCCGUCAGAACUCAUCAGGCACUGGAGUUUAUAAUCCCCGGCCCAGAGCUGUGCCCAGCAGACAAGCACGUUCGGUGCACCCGAGGGGCUGCAGCCCAACAUCCCGGGUGCGUGCCAGUUCCCGCCAGCGCUCCGGCUGUAUUCCCUCAGCGUCUCCUCCGGCUGGGUCAGCUGCAAAGCUGUGCUUAUCCGCUCUUCCACCAGGUGGAAAGAGAAAACGGUGCCACCUGCAGACUGAAGCCACAGCCAGGCCUUGCCUUGUCCAUGCCCAGCUCCACCUCAGCACCCUCUUCCACCAGCCUGUUGGACUUCUUGUCCCUCGUCAGCCCCGCAAGGGUGAACAUUCUCCGCUUGAGGCACCCUCCCUCCUCCCCUGAGAUGAUGUGGUGUAGUCAUGUAGCUCGAACUGCCAUGCACAUACUGGGGAUUCAUUUGUGUCUUCAACCCAGAUCCUUCACGACUUCCUGGAGCCAUCUUUGUGGCAGGAUGCAUGGUGGGCCAGUGACAAUUCAAACUCAAGUCAGCCACAGCUGCAUCCGACCACCCCGCUCCACCCUCACACGGUCUACCUCCCGUAGCCCUGAUCCGCACGGAGCCAGUUCCUUGUAAUAAAUCCCUUGAGCGCAUCCAUAUCAAGAGAACCUGCUUACUCUCCUUGUACCCCUUGUUCUUUUUCCCUGGUUGAACACGGGCACUACUUUCUUCUCUUCUUUCACCUCAGCAAACUGAGUUAAUUCUCUUUCCCAAAUUUUCCUGAUUUACUCCCUCCUUCCCAUGAACACUGUCGCAGUGUUAGUUCAAGCUGUCUUCUCUUGCUUGGUGUGUGCAAAACAAGCGAACUGGUUCCCCUGUCUCGGUUCUCGCACCAACUCACCGUCAGGCUUAGUGCUGUGGAUCACAAGCUUCUCUGAUGACAGAACGUUCGAGAUGUGCUUGGCCCUGCACAACAGCCUCUAGCUGUGUACGUAGCAGCGCAGUUCUAGACCACCAGGGUUAUUCCAAAA